AUGCGUUUUCCAUCUGGCACGCCGCCGAUAAUCCGCAUCGCCAAUGGCACCUUCUACCGAAACCAACCGGGCACUGUUUCGGCAUUAGCAUCCACAUCCGCAUCCCAAGCACACACUCAUCCAAACCCGGCCUUCUUCAAGGACCUAACCUUUGAACUGCCCGCCCAAAGCAAAACCCCCCACAACUGGUGCAUCAUCGGCCCAUCCCUCUCCGGCAAGACCACCCUCCUUCAGGUCCUCCGCGGCCAGCACCUCGCCUUUCCGCCCACCGCCCGGUCCUACCCCUACCUCAGCACCAACCAAGUCCCCUACCACCUCCGGACGCCCGCGCGCGCCAUCCAGUAUGUCGGGUUCGACUCCCAAGGUGGCGGCGGCGGCCUCGGUCCGGCCACCUCGACGUACCUCUCGGCGCGGUACGAGUCGCGGCGGGAAAUCACCGACUUCUCGCUGCGCGACUUCCUGCUCGGCAACAUGCAGCUGAAUCCGUCGCGGCUGCCCGGCGACGAGGGCAUCGACGAGGCGCUGUUCGCGCGCGUGGUCGCCGACUUGAGUCUUGAGAGCCUGCUGGACCUGCCCGUGACGUUCCUGUCGAAUGGUCAGGGGCGAAGGGCGCGCAUCGCGCGGGCGUUGUUGACUAGUCCGGAGGUGUUGUUGCUGGAUGAGCCGUUUAUGGGGUUGGACCCGCCGACGGUGGCUGGGUUGAGUCCAUUGUUGAGCUCGCUGGCUGAGAAGGCGAGCCCGAGGCUGGUUGGGGUGAUGGGUGCCAAGGAUACGGUUAUGGAGGGGCUGAGGAAAUAUGUUCGCGGGGUGCGCAAUGGUAAACUCGCUGAGGAUGACACGCUGCCUGUGCAUACUCUCAGUGAGAUGGGUAGGACUCUCACGAAAGACGGGAUCACUGGCGAAGGCAUGGCUGAGGAUUUCUCGAUAAGCGUCCCGCAAGGCAAUGUUGAGGCUGCGGCAAAUACUAAUUUGGGGGAGCCGCUCGUCGAAAUGGAUGGCUGCCGAGUCCAGUAUGGUAGCAAGGUCGCUCUGGGAAACUGGACCGAAGAGAAAGAUGGGAAAACUACAUACUCCCUCCCGAUCAAGCUGUUUGGUCGCAGCAGGCUGCCCGAGCCCGGUUCCGGCCAGCGGCCGCUGACUUUUUGGGAUAUUCAGUCUCGCGUGGGCCACUCCAGCCCCGAGAUUCAUCAGCACAUGCCGCGCAACCUGACGGUCCGUCAAGUGCUCGAGAGUGCAUGGGCCGACACCUUCCGCAGCAAGCCGGCCCUCGACGCGAUCGCCACAGAGCAGGUCGAAGCCACGCUGAGAUGGUUUGAGCAUGAACUUAAUCCUGCCUUCCAGAAACACCCGCAGUUGGCGACUGACGAUGGCACUGCCGUGAACUCGAUUGCCUGGGCCAGGGAGUACAUGUUCGGCGAGCUGUCGUUCAGCGCCCAGCGUAUCCUGCUCUUCCUGCGGGCCAUCAUCAAGCACCCCGACGUCGUGGUGCUUGAUGAGGCAUUCGGCGGCAUGGACGACGCGGUGCGAGACAAGUGCAUGCUUUUCCUUGCCUACGGCGAGGAGAAGAUGUACUCGUUGGGGCCGAAACAAGAGAACGGGUCCCUGGCGGGAGCUACCGUAGUGGAUAGCCCUGCGUCAAGGGCCGGCAGUGUAAAGGUAACGGGUCUCUCGGACCAGCAGGCGCUUAUUUGUAUCAGCCAUGUCAAGGAGGAGGUUCCCGACUGCGUCAGGGAAUGGCUUUGUCUGCCUGAAGCCAACACGGGGUUGCCGGCGAGGUUCGGGCGUUUGAAUGGCCCGUUGAGGACCAGCUCGCGGCGAUGGACCGAGAUCUGGGGAGUUGGGCAGGGGGCUUAA